AUGAAGGGGUUGCACUUCCUCACUUUGCUUGGCCUCAAAGCAACCCACUGCCAAGCCAUCAAGUUCGGCUCCAUCGCAGACCUUUACAUUACCAACAAUCUCAUAACUUCGUACGCAAAAUGCACAGAAUUGGCGUCGGCUUACCAACUGUUCGACGGAAUGUCUCACAGAGACACCGUGACUUGGAACUCCAUAAUUGCUGCUUAUGCAAACUUCGGUGACCUGCGCACUACAUGGCAAAUCGUCAGUGCCAUGGGAAGGUCUGCACUUGCAUUUGACAGCCGCACAUUGGGAAGCAUUCUCAAGGUUGUUGCCCGAGCUGGCGAGCUCCAUCACGGUCAGCAGCUGCAUUCUGUCAUGCUCAAGAUGGGGUUAUCAGAAAACAUGUUUUCCGGUAGUGCCCUCUUGGACAUGUAUGCCAAGUGCGGGAGAGUUGACGAUGCGUACAUUGUGUUCCAGAGCAUGCCAGAGCGCAAUUACGUGUCAUGGAACACACUUGUUGCUGGUUAUUCACGAGUUGGUGAUCGUGACAUGGCGUUCCGAAUGCUAAGUUGUAUGGAGCUUGAGGGUGUAGAAAUUGAUGAUGGCACAGUGUCUCCACUCUUGACAUUGCUUGAUGAUGCUGAGUUUUGUUGGUUGACAAUGCAGUUGCAUUGUAAAAUUGUGAAACAUGGGCUGGAAUUGUUUAACACUGUCUGCAAUGCUUCUAUCACAGCCUAUUCUGAGUGCAGUUCUUUGCAAGACGCUGAGAGAGUAUUUGAUGGUGCUGUCGCCUGUCGUGAUGUGGUUACAUGGAAUUCCAUGCUCAGUGCUUACUUGAUGCACGAGAAAGAAGAUCUUGCAUUUAAAGUUUUCAUUGAUAUGCAGAAUUUUGGGUUUGAGCCUGAUGCUUAUACUUACACCGGGAGUGUCAGUGCUUGUUCUGUACAAGAGCGUAAAAGCCAUGGAAAAUGUUUGCAUGGGUUGGUGAUAAAAAGGGGUCUUGAAGAUUCUGUUCAUAUUUCCAAUGCUUUGAUUGCCAUGUACAUCAGAUUUAAUGACAAGGGCAUGGAAGAUGCAUUAAGAAUAUUCUUUUCAAUGAAUCUCAAAGAUUGUUGCACUUGGAACUCCAUUUUGGCAGGGUAUGUACAAGUUGGUUUGAGCGAAGAUGCCUUGAGGUUAUUUUUACAGAUGCGGUCUCUGAUCAUAGAAAUUGACCACUAUACCUUUUCGGCUGUCAUAAGAUCAUGCUCGGAUUUAGCAACUCUACAGUUAGGUCAACAGGUUCAUGUCUUAUCACUUAAAGUAGGAUUUGAUACCAAUAAUUAUGUUGGGAGUUCGUUGAUAUUCAUGUAUUCUAAAUGUGGAAUCAUAGAAGAUGCUAGGAAAUCUUUUGAAGCAACUUCCAAAGACUAUGCAAUUGUUUGGAACUCCAUCAUCUUUGGGUAUGCACAACAUGGACAAGGAAACAUUGCACUUGACCUCUUUUACUUAAUGAAUGAGAGAAAGGUGAAACCUGAUCAUAUAACCUUUGUUGCAGUUCUAACUGCGUGCAGUCAUAAUGGGCUAGUAGAAGAAGGCUACAACUUUUUAGAGUCCAUGGAGUCUGAUUUUGGUAUUCCACAACGUAAGGAGCACUAUGCUUGUGCAAUUGAUCUCUAUGGUCGGGCAGGGCAUCUUGAGAAGGCAAAAGCUUUGGUUGAAACAAUGUCUUUUGAACCUGAUGCAAUGGUGUUGAAAACUUUAUUGGGUGCCUGUAGAUUCUGUGGUGAUAUUGAAUUAGCUAGUCAAGUAGCAAAAACGUUGAUAGAGCUGGAGCCUGAGGAUCACUGCUCGUAUGUUAUACUCUCUGAAAUGUAUGGGCGAUUGAAAAUGUGGGAUGAGAAGGCUAGUGUAACAAGGAUGAUGCGAGAAAGGGGAGUGAAAAAGGUUCCUGGUUGGAGUUGGAUAGAAGUGAAAAAUAAAGUGCAUGCUUUCAAUGCUGAAGAUCAUUCCCAUCCCGAAUGUGAGGAGAUAUACAGACAACUUCAACAACUAAAUCAAGGAAUUAAGUUGUUCGAUAAAUUUGUCAAUCAAAUGUUGUUACUGCAAUGUUUAGAUAAUCUAGAUGAUUAUGAUGAUAAAAUGUUCUUCUGA